AUGGCGGCCAGGGGCGGGCGCGGGGCUCUCAGAGAGCUGCUCGGGGGGCUGAGCCCCACAUCACCAGGCGGGCACCGAGGCCUGGCCCGUCAGCCUGCGGAAGGACAGGGAGACACACAGACCCACCCGUCUGGGCACCUGGGACCAAAGAGAACCCAGGACGGCCACCUUCCCUGCUGCCAGAACCUUCUGGAAGCACAUCUGUGGUCACCUGCCCCCGCUGGGAGACCCAGGCCUGCAGCCCCAGCUCCUACUUCCUGUCACUUGCACCCUGCAGCUAAUCAGAAUCCGUCCAGCUGGUGCCACCGAGCAGGAGCCAGGGACUCCGGGGUCCCCUCUUUCCCCUCCGAGAGACCCUCUCGGGGUGAGCUGGAGUCAGGCACGGCGGCCCCCGGGAAGUCACAGCUCCCUUCCGACUGGGAUGUUCCUUCUCUCCCGGCCCCAGAAGUCCACCUUGGCCCUUGGCUUUGUCUACACCCCAGUUCUCCAACUGAGAAACUUCUAGCACGUUCCCUGGAGGCAGAGGAGCAGCCCUCUGUGUCUUCACCGGCCCUCCGGACGGCGAACCAGCCUGAAGCGAUCCCAGCCUCAACCCCACUGAUGAACAGGUCUGUGGUUGACUUUUCUGCUAGACUAGAAGCUCCGGAGGGCAGGAGACUUGGCACAGGGGCUGCCACCAUGGGCCCUCGGACAAUAAAUACUGGACUGGGACAGAAGAUGUGCCCCUGCCCGGGCCUCGGUUUCCUCACACGUGCUACGGGCAAGUAUUAUCUGCUGUGUGACCCCGAAACUUCCCUCCCCACCGCCCGGCUGAGCUCAGCCCCACUUCCGGAAAUCUGCCUUCAGCCACCUCCAGCCCACAGCCACCUCUCCUCCUGGAAUCCGGCUUGUGGCACUUUCUGAUCAUCUCCAGGCAGACGGAUGCUCCCGUCCCCGGUCCUCCCCAGUUCUUCCUUUUGGGCUGACUGGACCCCGGCUCUGCUACCCACCUGCUGUGUGACCGUGAGCCGGGGGUGCAGCUGCCUCUGCUCCAGCUCCCGCGUGCAGGGUUCUGGAAGGACAGCAGUUUACGUACAGCACCCCUCUUCCCCUCGGGGAUCCCAACCAGCCUCGUCUCUGCGGUGACGACUGCCGUAUUCGCUCCCCAGCCCUGCCUGUCU